CUGUCUGAACGGGCUCUAAGACCUAAAGGUGAGUGUGAGAGAAAGAAGGAGGGAAUGUGUAAACUGUGUGUGUGUGAGAGAGAGAGAAGGAGGGAGAGAGAGGGACGCGGCGGAGGAUGAGGUAAAGCCCCUCGCGCGCGCCUUCAAAGCCCCCUCCUUUUCCCGCGCGCGCUCUCUUCUCUCUCUUUCCCACGCGGACUCCCUGAUAGCAGUGUUGGUUGGGCUCCUAUUUGGAAGAAUCCUCUCUGUCCCGCUCCUUGCUCUUCCCUGACAGGGAACCUGCUGCUGCGGAGGAAGAAGAAGAGGAAGAGUGUGAGUGGGAUUGGCCGCCUCUUCUUCUUCUUCGCCGCAGCCUCGCCAGAAAGAGCAGAAGAGCAGCCUUGUCGCCCCUCGCCCGGCUUCAGCGAGGCGGCAUGGAGAAGGAGGAGGAAGAGCGGCGAGGACAGCGGCGGAGACGCCUGCCUGACUGACUGACUGGAGAGAGCCGGGCUGCUGAGGAAGAGGAAGAAGGGGCUGCAUUGAGAGCGUCGAGUGCAGUCUCUGCCUCCCCUUCCCGCUGAACUUGUUGCUGCUGAGGGGAGAAGGCUGGCCAGGAAGAAGAGCUCUCCACAGCUGCUUCUCCCACCUCCCCACCCACUCCAUGCCAACUCCUCUGGCCAGACUUUGCCAGUUUUAGUAGAAGCAAGAGCAGUACAACUAAGCAGCUGAGACAAUGGCGGCAGGAGUGGCAGCAUGGUUGCCUUUUGCUCGGGCAGCAGCCAUAGGAUGGAUGCCAGUGGCCACAAGCCCGAUGCCGAAUGCCCCCCGACAGGAGAGAAAGCGGAGCCAGGACUCCCUGAUUAUAUUGAAUGUGAGUGGCACCCAGUUCCAGACCUGGCUGGAUACCCUGGAACGUUAUCCAGACACGCUGCUGGGCAGUUCAGAGAGGGAUUUCUUCUACCACCCAGAGACACAGCAAUACUUUUUUGAUCGGGACCCUGACAUCUUCCGACAUAUCCUCAAUUUCUAUCGAACAGGGAAGCUCCAUUACCCCCGUCAAGAAUGCAUUUCAGCCUAUGAUGAGGAGCUAGCCUUCUUUGGUAUUAUCCCUGAGAUCAUUGGUGAUUGCUGUUAUGAGGAAUACAAGGAUCGGCGACGGGAAAAUGCUGAACGUCUUCAGGAUGAUGCUGAUCAGGAUAAUGCUGGCGAAUGUAAUCUGCCCUCCAUGACAGCUCGGGAAAGGAUGUGGCGGGCCUUUGAGAAUCCACACACCAGCACGCUGGCCCUGGUCUUUUACUAUGUAACGGGCUUCUUCAUUGCAGUUUCUGUCAUUGCCAAUGUGGUGGAGACAGUACCCUGUGGGGUAAGUCCUGGUGCCAUCAAGGAGCUAUCCUGUGGAGAGCGCUAUGAUGUAGCUUUCUUCUGCCUGGAUACAGCAUGUGUCAUGAUCUUCACGGUUGAAUACCUGUUGCGUCUGGUGGCUGCUCCCAGUCGUUACAAGUUUGCGCGUAGUGUCAUGAGCAUCAUUGAUGUUGUGGCCAUUAUGCCCUAUUACAUUGGUCUUGUCAUGACCAACAAUGAGGAUGUCAGUGGGGCCUUUGUAACAUUGCGUGUCUUCCGGGUCUUCCGGAUCUUUAAGUUUUCCCGCCACUCACAGGGUUUGCGCAUCCUGGGCUACACUCUGAAAAGCUGUGCAUCAGAGCUUGGCUUUCUCCUGUUUUCUCUCACUAUGGCCAUCAUAAUCUUUGCUACAGUCAUGUUCUAUGCUGAGAAAGGCUCUACAUCCAGCAAAUUCACCAGCAUUCCUGCUGCUUUCUGGUAUACCAUUGUCACUAUGACCACUCUAGGGUAUGGUGACAUGGUGCCAAAGACAAUAGCUGGGAAGAUAUUCGGAUCAAUAUGUUCUUUGAGUGGAGUCUUAGUUAUUGCCCUUCCAGUUCCAGUCAUUGUCUCCAAUUUCAGUCGCAUCUACCACCAAAAUCAGCGAGCAGAUAAGCGCCGGGCACAAAAGAAAACCAGGCUUGCCAGAAUCCAUGCAGCAAAGAGUGGAAGUGCAAAUGCUUACAUGCAGAGCAAACGGAAUGGCUUAUUCAGUGACCAGUUCCAGCAGUUAUGCAAAGAUGAACAAGAGGCCUUUGUUAACAAAACUGGCUCUUCCUUUGAAAUCCAGCACCACCACCUGCUUCACUGUCUGGAGAAAACAACGAAUCACGAGUUUGUGGAUGACCAAAUGUACGAGGAAAGCUGCAUGGAGGUUUCUACAGUCAACAGGCAUUCCAGCCACAGCCCUUCUCUUUCUUCCCAACAAGGAAUGACAAGCUCUUGCUGUUCACGACGACAUAAAAAGACAUUCCGCAUCCCAAACGCCAACCUUGCUGGCAGCCGACCAAGUAGCAUCCAAGAACUCAGUACCAUUCAGAUCAGGUGCAUGGAAAGAACACCUCUGUCUAACAGCCGAUCCAGUUUAAAUGCCAAAAUGGAAGAGUGUGUUAAACUAAACUGUGAGCAGCCUUAUGUAACAACAGCAAUAAUCAGCAUUCCAACACCGCCUGUGACUACACCAGAGGGAGACGAUAGACCUGAAUCUCCAGAGUAUUCAUCAGGAAACAUUGUCAGAGUAUCUGCUUUAUAAAACAGUUAAAUUAAAGACUGCUCAAAAACUGAGCUGCGGCAAAGAGAAUGAGAGCGUGAAGAAAAAAAGACAUGGCAACACUUUGUUAAAUGGAACGCCAACAGGCAAUUGGAAGAUUUUGGAGAUACAAACAUGUUUGGGCUUUCAGUUCUGAAUUGUGUGCAUUGGGCAACCAAAUGGAAUUUCUACAUAUCACUUGAACCUUUCUGGAGCAAACUCUUCUGUGACUCUUUUCAUUUACUCUAUGAGCACAAUGAAAUGUCUCCCAUUGAUGCUUCUUCUUACCAUGACAAAUCUUUUUAAUAAAAAUCUAAAACAAAACCAAAAAAAAAUCAAGAAAAGAAAGAUAACUACUGUUCGAACCACUUACAUUCCAACCGGAUGCAAAAUCAAGGAUGGAAACAAAGUUUUGAUAUUCUCUUUUUUCCUGUUGAUACACCAUGAACAAGCUGACUUUAACGAAAGAGAGAGAGAAAAUGGCUCAUCAAUAUUUGUGCUGACUGGAAGAAACACAACCAUAAUGCAUGUGAAAAUUCUUUGGAGCUGUGAUCUGAGUUUUCUUCUGUUGUUUAUUUCAGGUUAGGCAUGAUAACAUUUUACUGUAGACAAGGGGCAUUUCUGUGCACUUACAAAAAAGCUGAUUGUUAAUGUUCCAUUGUACAAAUAACUUCCUUUUCUGAGGGUGAAAUUAAGUAUUUCUCACUCAAAAACAUGCAUUAGUGAACUUGAGAUGUUCAAUUAGUUUAGUAUUUAUCAUUGUUUUCUCUGGCUUCCUUGGUACUGUUACAACUGCAAUAAUACAAUGUACAUCUGUUGUAUCAGGAAUCAGGCUUUUAUUUAUAUAAUUGCACAAAAAAAUCAACUACGCAGAUAAAAGAACCACAAGGAUAGACAGUACAGUUGUUCUCUGUUAAAGUUUAAAAUAAGUUCACAACCAAAACUAUUGUAUCACAAAUGUAGGGUUGUGCGUUUUUUUUAAAAGUUCCCAUUAUUCUGUAAUACUUUAAAGCCAAUCAUUGCCUUUGUUAAACUUCUUUCCGCUUUGAAUGUCAAGGGUUUCUAUAGCUAAGAACUCCCUUUGAUUAACUUCAUUCUGUAGUUUUAUGUUUCUGGGACAAAUCAACAGUCUUCCUAGCACAGUGUUACUGUGUCAUUUAUAUCAGCAGUAACACUAACUUGGUUUAGCAAUUAACAUCUCUUAAAUUGUACUACUAUUGAGUCCUACUACUGGGCAAGCUAAGUACUGGGAGACAGAGUUAAGAUUUCCAGAGAAUUACUAAAAAAUAUUGCUGGAACAUUUAGGUAUUCUAACAAGAAUGUUAAUGAAAUGAAUGCUUUGAACCUAUUGUUGCAAAACAAUAGUUGAUGUGAAAUUAUGUACUACUGUGGGAUCAAUGCACAAAUGUUACUGUUUGAAUUUAUCCUUUUGUUUGUCUGUUUCGUUGUCCAAAGGAUUUUUAAAAUGCUAUUUCCAGAAAAGUAACUUUCUUCAAUAGUUGCUAAUCUAAGAGCAUGGUGGCUUGCCAUCAUUUCAAGUCCUCAAGCAAAAAAACAAACAACACAGAAAUAUGUUUCUAAGAACGUGUAACCAAACCUUGAAAGUGUUUCUAAAGAAAAUGCUAGAUGGACAUGUAUAGCACCUCUACUACAGAGGGCACUAUAAGAUAGUGUAUUGCCAGAUGUAUUCUCAUCUGAUCAUUGAACCCACUCAUGUAUGGAAGUAAGAAUGUCCUUAAGUGGUCUCUUGUCUGAAAUUAUGUCAGAUUAAAAAUAAUAUAUUGGAUGUUGGUGAUCAGAUUCCAUCCUCAUCAGCUGCCACCCAAUCUGUUUAGUGCAAUUUAGUAUUAUGUGACCAGCAUCACACCCAACCACAUUUCACAUUUCCAAAGUAUUGGAUCCAACACCCCCCCCCCCCCACCCGAUAGUUGAGUGAAUGGGAAAUGUAGAAGUACAAAGCUCUCAUCCUUUUUUUAUGGAUUCAUUGUCCAAGCCUUUGUUGCAUCACCUUAGUUGUAGGAGAGUUGGGUAGGGAAUUAUGCAAACUAUGUAUGCCCUUGCAGUCUACCUCCUACACCCCAUAUCACGUCUGGUAUCUUACCGUCAAGGCAAAAUGGACAGUUGUGGUCAACGUCCUCUCUCAUUUUGGUGCUGUUCCCCAUCAUUGGAUCUGCAUCAAAAACAAAUGAACUAUCAUAGUGUAAUGCCUAUGGCAGGGGUGAGCAACAUGAAGGCCCCAUCCUGUUUUAUAGCCACCAGAGACUCCAACUCACCCAAUCCCAGGAUAUAUUUUUUUGUAAAAACAUGUAAGAAUCACUUUUUGAGAAGUAGAAUUUUAUGGAAACCAAGAUGAAUGGUCCCCAUGUGCCUUGUUUUAGGUUAUUUUUCCCAGUAUUGAAAUUAAACAUUCAGUUAAAUAAAAACCCAAUUAAAUAAUGUUUUGGCUAGCACAAUAAAUCUGGGAGUUGUAUAGGAAACUGAUUCCCGUACCCUAUACUGAGUUGACCAUCUUAUCCUAUAGGAACAGAAAGUCAAUCUACGCAGAUACUUGUGCCAGUAUCUUGUGCUGCAUUUAUGCACUCCCCUUUUCAGUCUCUAGUUUGAAAUGGAUCUUUUAAAUUUAGUAUAUUUCGUUCCCUACUUUUUAUGACAACACAAACUCAUCAUGUUCAAAAUCAACUAUUUUGAUUUUUCUCUCAUUUUUUUUCACUUAUACUAUGAUUGUCAUUUCUAAUUGGCUUUAUCAAAGAAAAAAGGAAAAUUGGGAUAUAAUUUUUUAAAAAUAUAUUGUUCAUUUGCUUUAGGAAAAAGUUUAGAAAGCCUGGAUUUAUCUGCAUUCCUUUGUAGUCUUCCUGAGUCACUUCACUGAACUCACAGAAUCAUCUCAUUGUUCCACUUCAGGGGAAAAAAGGGUCUCAUUUGGAUGUGCUCCUUUGCUCGUGCUGAGUUACUGGGUUGACAUUUAUACAUGGUGUGAUCCAUAAUGGUUGAAGUGAUCCUUGACUUGUUUCUCUGAAAUAAGAGUGGGCACAGAAUCCUGUUGGUGAAAUACUCUGGUAUAACUUGGGGCUAUAUAAUUUAGGGAAUGUUGUAGGAUGUAGCCAUACCUCCUUGUGCAAUGCCAACACCAUACAAGGCAGCUUCCCAGCACUUAUAUAAUCUCCCUUGACCACUUAGGGCACGCCCAGAUUGGGCUUAAUCCCACAACCCACUUCAUCGUGGGUUUAAAUCCUUACGCCCUUCCCAAAAACCCGGGCUUUUCCGGGGAGAACGUCAUGGGACUGCCCCCAAACCCCUUAAAAUUCAAAAAAACAUACUCGGUAACCAUACCACCUCUUCAGCAGGCCUCCUGAUGUGUAGAAAUGACGUGCCAGGACGUGAAGGAGCAGGAGGCCUGUCAGAGAGGCAGAUCAGUAAGUUUUUGUGUAUUUUAAGAGCUUUUGGGAGGGGGGUUGGGGAGGGGGAUGCCCACCUUGGUUCUGUAGUUGUUUGGAAGUCUGAAGAACCAAGAUGGGCUGUAGGGACUGAGCCCACAGACCCAAUAUCCCUUUAGACCUGGAGGUCUAAAUGACCUGGAGGUCUAAAUGGGGUAUCAAAUUAAUUUGGGACAAAGCAAGGUUUAUCUGCUUUGUUCAGAAUUAAUUCACUUUUACCUGAAGCGUUGUUUGGAUGCCUCAGAUAAAAGCCGACAGGGCCCACAUUUUGGGCCCUGUCUGGAAGCGCCCUUAGUAGCAUCAUCACUAGAGAUGUCUUCCUACUUCUCUCAUCUGUGGUAUUGCAGUUAGAUACUCUGGCUCUUCCCCCAAGCAAAAAUACAUCUUAACUCUGGGAAGCUUGGGCUAUUGGAGGAAGGGGUAGCCCAAUGCAAAUGCACUGGCUUUAUACUCUACUAGUGCAAUACAACUUCUCACUUAAUAAGUGAUAGUCAAGAGAUUGGCAAUGGGAUCCAAAAUUAACUUCAAUGAUAAUUGACAUUUUGUGUGCUUUGUGCUGAUAUGAUUUCUCAAUUUAAAACUGUCCUGUUAAGAAUUUGCAAUUUCUCUUUUUUAUUGGUUUGUUUGUUGAAAGUACCUUAAACGUCAUCUCAGAAUUUUUAAUGUUAAUUGCAGUCACCAAAAGUUGCUGGAGAUGAAGGCCUUGAUCCUGGAGAUGUAAUCUGCAAUUCAGAGAUCUACAUACUGGGAUCAGAAAAGGCUACCAGGCUAGAGAAAACCAGACCAGACCCCAGUAUAUGAAUGUUGAAUGGGAAACCCCAUGCCUUACCCUAUAGGGUCCUCCUGUGUCUCAAGCUUGUUCAUGAGGCAAUAUUGUUCCACAGAUGCAACAACUUUCCCAUUUUCUUCUUUCCUUCCAUAUUUCACUGGAUCCAGGCCAGCUCUCUUCCAAGCGGCUCAGGUCAGCAAAACCACGCUGGCAUUUAAAGAUCCAGUUUCUCAUGAUCUUAUACCUUGUUUAGAUGGGAAAGUGGAAAAACAAUGUUAACAUUGCAGGCUACAUCCCAGCAGCAUGGCUUCCCUUUAAUCUCCUGCCUUUAAAUUUGGUGAGAUUUUGCAUAAUGCUAAUCUGCCCAUUGCUCAUGCAAGUAUAUUAUAAUUUUAUUUUUUUUAAAUGGAAUUCAGAAGCUCAACAUCAUUUUAGUGUUUUAGGUGAUUUAAAUGCUGUUUUUGGUAGUGAAUGACUUGGCGACUGUGUAAAAUGCAUCUGUACUGUAAAUGAAAUGUAAUUAUUUCUGUGUAUCACACAAAGAAAUCAAGGUUGUUGGUUGUUUGGGGGGAUGAUUUCGAUAAUUUUGGAGGGAAGUUGAAAUUCGUAUUGUACUUCAGGCGGGCAGUAUAACAAGCUGUGUUAUGCUGAAUAAAUCAGACAUCUGAGGACUGUUUAAAUAAAACAUCUGCAUGCUUGAAUGGGACAA